AGUCUUAAAGCAAACGCUUAGGGAUGUGGGUGUCUGUAUUGAACCGCGCAAAUCUAAAAAUGCCGAACGAUUUUAUACAAACUGAAUAAACAAGUGCAUGUUUGAUAAUAAUUCAGCUUAUUACCGGCGAUCUUGGCAGUGGGUUAAUCGCAUUUUGAUAUUUUUUUAAAUCGGCAUAUUAUCAUACCGAAUGACGGAUGUCAAUUUACCGCUUAUUUUUAAUUGUUGAGUGAUUGUUGAAUGACAUCAGUGUAUGUGCUUAAAUUUUAAAAUAGAGUUUUUAAAAUUAGAAUUUGUGGAGUUUUUCAUUGAUCUUAAAGUUUUAGCUGUGUAAGAAGACUUAAUAAAUUUACGAAAAUGGCAUCAGGGAUAUUCCAUAGACCAGCAUUAUUUCUGUGAUGAUAAGUUACUUAUAAAGUAACAUUUGACAUGGCCGCUUUACCGCCUCUCAGUUGCUCCCCUCGAGUCAAAGACGAAUUAGUUUAUCCUAUCACUUGUACGGUGGCAACCAAUCUUCUAGCGCCCGUAAAAACUGAAAAGCAAAUUUUGGAAAAUUCAAUGUUAGAAGAUGAUCCCAACGCUAAUUGUGCAGUCUCGGAGGUUCCCAAAGAGAAGACGGGUCCUAGGUGGGGGCCUCAACAUAAAGGGGCUCAAGAGUUGGCCAAUUUGUAUAGUAAAGGUAAAAGGACGCAAGAAUGUAUCUGCGUUGGGAUCUGUCUAACUUUGAUGGUUAUAAAUUUCGCAUUUAUUUGUUACUACAUAAGAUUAGAGAAACUGAGUACCAUUCUUGUAGCCGCUUUUUGCGGUAUAGUAACCGCUGAUUUCGGUUCUGGUUUCGUACACUGGGCGGCAGAUACGUGGGGAUCCAUCGAACUGCCUGUAAUAGGAAAAAAUUUUCUGCGACCAUUCCGUGAACACCAUAUUGAUCCAACAUCCAUUACCCGCCAUGAUUUCAUCGAAACGAACGGUGACAAUUUCAUGGUGACAAUACCAUUCCUGGGCCGUAUGGUGUGGGACUUUCUUACGCUAUCAAAAGAAGAUGUUCAAAAUAAAUUUACGUGGAACUGCUAUAUUUUUUUAUUAGCCAUUUUCGUGGCGAUGACCAAUCAGAUACACAAAUGGUCUCACACGUAUUUCGACUUACCUGGUUGGGUGAUAUUCCUACAGGAAUACCGUAUCAUUCUCCCACGUCGUCAUCACCGUAUCCAUCACGUGGCACCGCACGAAACAUACUUUUGCAUAACUACGGGUUGGUUGAAUUGGCCAUUGGAGAAACUCAGGUUCUGGAGUAUACUGGAAAUUAUCAUCGAAACUCUGAUAGGUUAUAAACCUCGAGCUGACGAUAUGAAAUGGGCCCAAAAAAGAACGUGAUAUUUUUCUUUGUUGUUAUAUUAUUUAAUAUUGUUCAUUUUUGUUGAUUCAAAGUUUAAAAUCAAUUAUGCUUGAUGGAUGGCAUUUUGAAUGUUUGUCACAAUACUUUCUGAUAAUAAAUAUUUUUUUCAAUAAAUUCCACUGAAUAUUUAUGUGUUAGAGGAAGUGACCAAAUGUGGAAUACCAUUUUGUUUUGGUGUUAUAGAAAAAAAAAAGAUAUCGUAAAUCAAAUUUUUUUAUUUUUAUUUAUUAUCAGUCAUACAGUUGCGCUUAAAUCAUUGAUAGUCUUAUUUUACAAAGGCAAACAGCAAAAAGGGAAAACAAAGUCUAUUAAUAGUCCCAUUGAAUCAAACGAUGAAGAAAUUCACUUUGACACAGAAGUAAGUUGGAAUUUCUGGAACCUCAUACCACUACACCAACACAUACAAGUUUUGAGAAAAUUGAAUAAAAUGUUUAAAGUAUUAAAAUAAAAAAAAAUAACAAUUCUAAUAAUUUCAUGAUGUUGCAUAUCAUCAAAUCAACAAUAUUUCAGACAACUGUUCUUCUAAAUUUAUGUUUUGUAUUUUUUUCAAAAUUUUGAAAGUUCUCGACUGAUGCCCUUUUAACAAGUUGUAAAGUAAAAUAACCCUGGCCUCUAUUCAUCUUCUUGGAUGUUAUUAUUAUUCACUGGCCAAUUUAUAAGAUCUUCAUAGAAUGGCUGGUGUUCAUUGGGCACAUAUUGCUUAAGUUUGACAAAAUUUUUGAAGCUUUUAUGGGAACUUUUUCGGUUGGGUAUGGACACCUAUUAGACAGGACACAGGUAAAUCUCUUUGGAGGCUCAUAAAAAAAGUAUGAUAAUGGAGGUCGUUGAUCGCAGGGAAUGCCUUUAUGUACCCAUUCAUCUGUUGAUCAUAAACAAAUUGGUACAGAGUACUCAUUGCAAAAUGUAUUUUAUCCUUCCUUGGUUUGUGUUUAGUUUCUUCAGAAACAACAGUCUUUUUAUAGUAAUUGGAAUUUGUCUGGUUUGCCACUUAAAAUAAUGUUAUAAAUACUAUUCCAUUUGGUCACUUUGAUUUUAGUAAACCAACCAGAUUCAUUAUUUUUUUAUUUAUAAUAAUAGAGUACUAGUACUACUAAAUAAUUUUUAUAUCAAAAAUAUGAUAUUAGGUAUUUAAAAAAAUUUAAUUUUUCCAUUAUUCCUGUUUCCUUGUUGUUAAUAUAUUCCAUUUACAGAGUGUCGUUAAAAUUCACAUACAAACACGCAACUCCAUUUUAUAUAAAUAUAUAUAAUUAAAAUUACAAGUGCACUUUUACAUUAAAGAAAGAAAAAAAACAUAUUUACAAACCUAUAAUCAAUUAAUAAUGCGAAAUAUAAUAAAUUAAUAAAAUAAUAAUAGUAAAUUUUAUCAAGUUACAUAAUAGUACAUAGGCCAGCACCUGAACUUUUAUCCUUUUGAAACCAGACUUGAGUAGAGGAAUUUACAAGAAAACCCUCUUUUUCCCUCUGUUUAUAUAAAUGGAAAAGAUUUUUAGUGAUCGAAAUUGCCGUUUUUUGAUUCGUACAAUUUUUUUAUAUAUGAAUAAGGUUACAAAUAUUGAACUUCUAGUAAUGCUUGUGUCUAACUGCUUACCUCUUCUUUUUUCUAUCUUUUUUAUAUAUCCUGGUUAUAAUCAUCCUUUAUUAAAAUAGGGGGGUGAACAAAAUAAAUAUACCUAGUACGCCAAAUUGACAUUCCAAAAACAUAACCUUAAUCAUAACUUUCUUUUGAUGUAGUCAAUGUAGAAUUUUCUCAACAUUUCCAGGGACCGCAUUGAAAUUAGAAUUAAGUUAAACAGAUCUAGGUUCUUGAAAUACUGGAUGCUUAAAUUUAUUUUUCGUGAUGUUUUAAUACAUUGAAAACAAAAAAAUACUCUUUGAAAUAGAUAAAUUUUUGUUAAAUUUACAAUUAGUAAUUCCAAUUUUCUUUUUUUUUUAGUUUUCCUAUUAAUCUUUUCUUCUGCUAGGACUAGAACGGGCCAAUAAAGAGCUUAUAUAAUUUUUUUUAAAUUAAAUGUGUUUUAUAGUUAUGUUGGGACAGUCCUGGAUCCUUGAAUCAUUAAUUGUUAUUUCAUUUCUCGUUUCCUGGCUUCCAACUUUAUAAUGCCAAAUUUCUCCUAUUUUAUUAUUUCUAUUUGGUCUGAAACCAUAUUAAGGCUCUUCUAAUUUUUUUCAAUUAUUUUUUGCAGCCGCUUUCCCCUGAUAAAAAUUUGAUGAAUGAAAUGAUGAUUCACUGUUUGCUACAAGAUUACAAAAAUAGUGUUUGUAAAUAUAGUUUUCUUGUUCUAAUUCAUAUUACGCUUUACAAAAAUCAAUAUGCUUAAUGCAAAGUUUACAAGCAAUUUUUUUGUCCUCAAGAGUGAAUACAAUUAUGUGCCUUUGCAAGUUUUUUACAUUUUAUUAAUGUUGAUUAUUAAUUUUUCUACCUAAUACAUGAUUUAAAUUAGAAAUAAAUCAAUUUUAUAACAAAAAA